CACACAAUGAGACGGGUGGUUCCCACAUGUGGUUGAAAUGCUGGCAGUGCUUGCCUGUUUGUAUUUGCAACUUGUUGUGGUUCUUGGACAGAAUGCAUGUGGAUACUACGAUGUUACAGACGCUCUGGGCAUCUUCAAUGAAUCUCCAACUCUCAUGUAUGUACGCCCUGUCAAAAACUGGAAGGAGACAUCGUUUGUGGCAAUAGAUGUGAUCUUCAGAGCAAUCCUAGACAUGGAUGAAAAGUUACAGACUCUUACAACAUUGAUGGACUUUGAAAUGAUAUGGCAAAAUCAGCUUCUCUCCUGGGAUCCACAAGAGUUCUGUGGGAUCAAGCGAGUUCCCAUCCCUGUAGCUUCAGUCUGGACCCCCGACAUAUAUGUCUCCGAAACAACACAGGACGAUUCUCUUGAUUCAAUCUACUUGCUGCUCUACCACAAUGGCAGCGUCCAGAGGUUUAAAACCUUGCGUUUAGUGACUACCUGCUCCUUGGACCUCUACAAGUUCCCAUUCGAUUCACAGAAGUGCAACUUAACUUUUGGGAUGACUGUAGCUCCAGCUACCGAUGUGGUUAUGGCUCCCACAACCAAUGCUAACAAUGUCACGGAUUUGUCUAAAAUAAUGUUUUCGAAUGGAGAAUGGUCUCUGCAGGAUAUAGAUAUUUUUGUUGCCAAUGUCUCCAGACGAGGGGAGGAGUGGAGCAAUGUGAUUUAUCAGAUCCACGUAAAAAGGGCUCCCAUUCUGUACGUCAUUAACCUCAUUAUCCCGGCAUGCCUUCUCGUUUUUGUGGAUGUUGCAAGUAUGUUCAUACCAAUGGAGGGAGGAGAACGUCUAGGAUUCAAGAUAACGGUUGUGCUUGGAUUCUCUGUGCUCCUGCUUAUCCUGAAUGACUUCUUGCCCAACACCGACAAUCCACCUAUUUUAGGUGUCUUCUGUAUGGUUUGCCUGCUCAUUAUGAUCAUCAGCAUCAUGGACUCCAUCUUCAUCUCAUAUAUGCUUUAUCUGUCUACCGUACGAAGUAGUGUACCUAACUGGCUAAGACUCUGGGUUCUCAAACGCUUGGCAUUUGUUCUUUGCAUUGAAACAAAUGUGCAUAUUGUGGACUCCAAAACUGUUGGUGUCCAGAAUAAAGGAAUGCUUGAACAAGAAGCUGUUCUCCAAGAAGUACAGACAGGAAAUCCAACAGGCAAGGACAAGGACAACCCUGAGAGCAAACUGCUGAAAAGGAUACUACUGGAACUGCUCAUGGUCCGUAGACAUCUGAUAGCCACCAAAAAUGAGGAGGAAUCAAAGUCAGAAUGGAAAGUGGUAGCUUUUGUGCUCGACAGAUUCAUUCUCAUCCUUUAUCUGUUGAUUGUAACGCUGAUCAUGGUGGUGGUGGUAGUCGUGUGGGCCUUCUAAGAACAUUUCUAGGUGUGGAGGUCCAUAUUCAUUAUGUGAGAUGAACAUUGUAACCUGUGAACAAGACAGAGAACAACAA